AUCAGGUAUGAGCAUGCCUACUACGCUCGCACAUAAACAAAGGCAGGACAUAGCGCUACAGUAAGUGUACUCUUUUAAUUUUAUAUACGAGCAGAAUCAGAAAUUGGAGAGAGGUGCCUUCUCGAAACAAUGGACAACGCACUUUUGAUGCGAGUGAGUGUUUUCACCGACCAAGGAGGCAGGAAAUACAUGGAAGAUGUGACCGAGGUCAUAGUAGAGCCCGAGCCGGGGGAAGACGACUCGGCGUCGGAGGAGAGCAGCGGAGGAGUCCUCACGGUUUGUUCUCCAGCCGGUGACACGCAGACAGACCGGACCAGCACAACUGUGGAGUCCUCUCAGUUAUCAGAAGCAUUAUCUGAAUUAGCACGAAGGGCAGAGCAGAGUGUGGGAGUGGAAACACCUUUACCCGGAGGUCAGAGCCCGACUAGAGCUCAGCCGAGCCCGGCGUGUCGGUCCCGCCGGUCGGUGGCUUUCUUCGCCGUGUUUGACGGACACGGGGGACGCGAGGCUGCGCAGUUUGCACGGGACUAUUUGUGGGACUUCGUGAAGAAACAGCGGGGGUUCUGGUCGGAGUGUGACCGGGAGGUGUGCGCUGCCAUACGCAAAGGAUUUGUAGCCUGCCAUCAUGCUAUGUGGAAAAAGCUGCCUGAAUGGCCAAAGACACUUACAGGCCUUCCCAGCACAUCUGGCACCACAGCCAGCGUUGUGGUCAUCAGAGGAAAUCGUAUGUAUGUGGCUCAUGUCGGGGACUCUGCCGUGGUCCUAGGGGUCCAGGAUGACCCCACAGUCCCCUUCAUAAGAGCUGUGGAAGUCACACAAGACCACAAACCUGAACUACCCAGAGAGAGGGAGCGUAUCGAAGGUCUGGGAGGGAGUGUAAUCAAGAAGUCUGGAGUGAAUCGGGUUGUCUGGAAGAGGCCGAGGCUGAGUCACAAUGGCCCGGUCCGUCGGAGCACCGUCAUUGACCAGAUACCCUUCCUGGCUGUAGCUCGAGCUCUCGGCGACCUGUGGAGCUAUGACUUCUACAGCGGGGAGUUUGUAGUUUCUCCUGAGCCGGACACAAGUGUGGUGACACUUGACCCCAGAAAACAUCGCUACAUCAUCCUGGGCAGCGAUGGUCUGUGGAACAUGGUCCCUCCUCAAGAAGCGAUCUCCAUGUGUCAAAACAAUGAUGAGGCGAUGGCACCAUGUGGGGUAUCGAGCGCCCGACAUCUGGUCAGCCAUGCUCUUCUGAGGUGGCGACAGCGUAUGUUGCGUGCUGACAACACCAGCGUCAUUGUAAUCACACUGGAGGAGUCCGAGAUUUCCCAGGACACCUUGCACACCGAGGAGGUGUUGCUCGACUUAUCCAAGAUCUCCCAGUGUCCUCCCACCUCCAUCUCCCGUGCUGACACGCCUCUCCUACAGCGGCCUCCAGAGGAAGACUCUCACUCUGCUGUGUGUGAGUUCCUCCCUGCGUUGGAGCGACGGGACGGAUUGUCAGGAAGCAACAGCCUGUACAACAUUCAUUCCUCCGAUCCGUUCUCUCUGACUCGACUGUGUUCACUCGGUAGCCUUGAGGUGCCCAGUCAGUCGGGUCCGUCUGACAGGACAGUUGGCAGCUGGACAACAAACAGCAAGCGAACUAUUGCAUCACCGACAAGCCUCCAAGCUAAAAAAGCCCGGCGCAGGACUACUGACAGGCAGCCACUAGUCCAACACAACGCAGAGAAGAAACAGGAGUCCAGUGGUGCCUCCCCAAUUCUCCAACAGCAUAACAAGAACACAGUGUGUGUGUGUUGAAACAAAGAUUUAAAAACAGGUCCUAGAUUUAUUCCCAUAUUUCUAUCCUAAAUCUCUAAAAAUUAGAGCACAAAAGAGAAACAAUCUGAAAAAUGUAACAAAAAAUGUACAUCUGAAGCACAAAGAUGUUAAAAGUCAGUGGUUUUUGGCUGCCUUCAUUUGGAUCAGAACAGAAAUAUGAAGGAAGAACUCAUGUCUCCGGAAAAAAACAACCUAGGAAUAAUUCUGACUUUGAAUUACACAAAAAAAUAUAGUUUUAAAAAAAAAUGUUGUUUUAGUUGAAAGUUGUAAUCUUAGGUCAAGUUAAAAUUCUAACUUAAAUCUCAACAAAUAUACGUUUUUCAGACGUAGCUGUUUUCCUCCUCUGUACUCUGGAGUUUGCCAGAGUACAUCGCCUCUUGAAAUCCAUGAAACCAGUUUUUUUUCUGUGCUUAUUUACACAAGACAUCUCUUUCCUUUGUUGUUAAGACACAUCCUUAAACACAGAUUCAUGUUUUCUCCAUACAUCAAACCCUUCAGACAUGCACGUCUUACUCCUUGAAAGAAAUAAGUACCACUAAUGAUGCUGGUGUAAAUAUGCAUUUUUUAGGAUGAGUAUUGAAGUAAAUGUUCGUUUAAACAAACAUAUAUAUUUUUAUACAAUCUUGUAUUAUUCAGUGAUAGACUUUUGAUGAGCUCCACAAUAGCUUUCCUCCCCUUUUCAAAAUCUCCUCGUAUAUCAUUGUGUACUCACCCUGUGUUUAAGCAUAUUUAUGUAUUUUAUUCUUAGCAUUUUAUGUAAUCACUGGAGAUAUGUCUUGAAUAUAAACUGAAGGUGCUGCUACAGCCACAAACCAUAAGCUACAUUGAUAUAAAAAUAUAUAUCGGAUAAGUGUUGGUAGCAUUUUGUGUCUCUCUUGGCCCUGUGAGGUUUUCAGAUGAUAAUUUUAAAGGUUAAACUGCACAAUGCUUCUUAACACCUGGAUUACUCUGCACAUCUGAGCAGCACGAGGACGCUGCCUCGCUGUGGCGUGCAGUCGCAGUGUCCACACAGUGAGCGUGAAACUGGACGUUCUUUAACAGUUCUUUGAUUUUGCCUUUGUGGUCUUUAAUCAAGUGUUCAUGUUGUUGUUUUACAUUUCUGUCAUUUCUAAUGGAUCAUUUGAGUUUCUUUGUUGUUUCUCCACUUUCUUUUAGCCUACUCCCCCCUUAAUACACCACAAGUCUAUUUACUCUGUUUCCCAGAAUGCCUUUUUGCAGCCCUCUACUCUGCUGAAGCUUUUGCAGAAAUGGUGUGUUUUUGUUUCCCCGUGUGUGUGUUUGCUGAGCACCAGGUGGCUCUAAAACAAAGACUUCCUUUGGUUCUGAGGGACCGACACAAAAACUGAUGUUUACAAUCGAUGUGUAAUGAUGAUUACCUUUAUGCUGCCAGACUUCCAUUGUGGCUGCUUUUGAGGUAUAAAUGAUGUCAUCUUGUUUUUGUUCAAUCCUAUGAAUAGCAAAAAAUUCUCCAUCACCAGCAGUCGAUCCUUACAGACUGUCUCACAUCACCAUCAUCCUGCAACCUCGUUUGCAUCAACUGUUGUGUCUUUCUUUCCGCUUCUAUCAUUCUCCUUUAACAAGCCAUUGUCCCUCCAUGCUGCAGCUGCAGUCGCAUUGUUACUGAUGUAUGCACAAUUCUCGUUUGUGAGUAAAUACACUCUGCAUGGACUUUAUAUGAGAAUAUUUUUGCACUGUAAUUGUGACCUUAAUUGUGUAUGAAAAGGGAGUUGUUUUUAUACAUAGUUUGAAAAUGAUGCAGAUUGGAAUGGAGAACAUGAUGGAGCCUGAAAUGAAAAAUAGAGGAUGGUUAGAGAUAGAUUAACUUUUAUUUUUUAAAUCUUAAAGCAGAAUAUCCUUAAUGUUUUUAGGAGAGUUUGUCUUGGUGUUUCCUUGUCCUCUUCUGCCUUCUUUUGUUUUUGUUGCCAGAAAUGUUUAAUUCAUAUAAGAAAUAUUCCCAGCAAGAGAAUAUUGUCCAUGAGACACUAUGAUCGAUGUUGCUUGUGAACCUUUGUUACAUUAUGAUGUAUUUUUGUUAAGCCAAGUGCAAUUUCAAACCGGACUUUGUAGCAUUAUGAACUGGGUAGAAAAGUGUAUUUUAAUGAUUGAAGCUGAUGGAGCAAUUAUGAUGGUUCUGUUUCCUCAGCUCUUACAGUCUUUAGUUUUCUCUGGGUCCCUCUGUGAUUUUAAAACUAUUUUGAGAAUUCCCUUGAAUCCACUUGUUUAUUUCCUCUGUUGAUUUAUGAAUUCCUGAUUCAGAUGGCUGCUGUGCUAAUAGCAUUAAGUGCAUGUGUUAAGUGUAAAUGUGGAAAACACUUACCUGGAAAUUAACCUUUUAAAAUAAAAAUCUCCCUGGUGUCCAGUAA